AUGGAUGCAACAGCAAUUAGCAUACUUGUGUUCUUCAUUCUGGUGUUUCUCUUAGGUGUGCCCGGGAAUAUCCUGACGAUUCGAGUCAAGACGAAGCGCCGUCGCAAAACCAGUACCCAGACCUUCAUCAUCAUCCUGGCUUGCGCUGAUCUGUUCCUCUGCGUCUUCGCUUCGACAGCCGUCGUCGGCCUAUCAAUCACCGACGAGCUCUUCUCGGCCAAAGCUUGCAGAGGAGUGUACGCUAUUUGCGUUGCCUCGGUGGUGCAGUCGCUGUUGAUGAUGACGUCCAUAGCUGCGGAUCGGUGUGCCAUCAUGUGCUAUCCACAUCGGAAGAGACUUGAUACAAAGUAUACGUGUUUGGUUGCCGGGGGAUGUCUCGUGAUAGCGACGAUUUUUGCAAUUACCAUAGGACUCAACACAACGAUUCAGAGUUACGGCGGCCUUGUGUACCGUUGUAAUGUGGAUUCCGGCAGCUGGGGGAUGCCUUUCCAGAAGGCCAUGGCCGGACUGGCAGCCUUAUGUGUCAUCGUCAUCAUUCUUCUUUAUGCGAAGGUCUACUGCGCACUGAGGAAACACCGCCGUGUUCAAGUAGCUCUCGGACCUAACUUGUCUCAAGACAAUUCAUCUAUCGCCAAUAAGCAGUGCUCUUUAAUUCACCAAUCCCGGAUGGGGCCACGUAGUGGUAGAAAAUCAGAUAUAGGUGCAUUCGAUCAGAGGAGGACUCCGAAUUCCGGUGGCUAUGUCGCUACUGUUUCAAGUAAAGUACACAACCAAUGCCACGACGAAAGGGUAGUGAGGGAGGCAUGCUUUAACGAUCAAGAGGAAUCUUCAAACGUUCUAGUGCCCGAAAAUCCUGAAAGAAAUCAGACCCUUGCCUACAGGGAGCAAGGUGGACAAGAUGGUAACAAUCUACCCGACACGUUAGCCCCAAAUCACGCACAUACUUCGAAGGACACUGAUAGAACUCUCCCUGGGAAUCCGGCUGGGCAUAGAGCCACCAGAGAACGCAUGGUAAACGAGUCAGAAGGGAUCCGAAUGAAACAACUCUGUCGCUCGGAAAGGCAGGCCACCACAAUGAUGUUGGUGGUGACAAUCAUUCUCAUUGUAUCGUGGUGUCCAUCAGUUGUUUCUUUUGUUGCACCUGUACAGGACAUGGUCCACAUCGCCAAGAACAAGCCCGCCCUCUACGUCUUGUUAUAUCUUCUGAAGUUAACGGUGUUCAUCUCCAACGCCACAAACCCGCUCGUGUAUACGUUAAUGAAUAAACGGUUUAGAGACGAAGGUUGGCAGGAAAUAAGACGGUUCUGUUGUUUUUUGCACUGUAGAUAA